CUGUUAUGGGGGUCACGAGUGAUAAUUCCGAACUAACUGCAAACAUUAGCAUUAAAGUUACUACACAGCUCACAUCAGGGUGUAGUAAAAAUUAAGCAAAGAGCACGAGAAUAUUUUUGGUGGCCUAAAUUGGAUACAGAUAUUGCUUCUUAUGUAGCUGCUUGCAAUGCAUGUGCACAGGCACAGCGGAAUCCCAGCAGGGACACCUCAAAAACUUGGCCAUGGCCAAAUGAACCUUGGACAAGAAUCCAUGUUGAUUUUGCAGGGCCAGUGGAUGGACGAAUGUAUUUGGUGGCUGUGGAUGCUCAUUCCAAGUGGCCAGAAGUAGUUCAAAUGUCAAGUACUACAACACAACAAACCAUUGUCGUUCUUUCCAGUAUGUUUGCAAGAUUUGGACUGCCACAAACUUUAGUCUCAGACAAUGGUCCACAGUUCAUAUCACAUGAAUUUGAAACAUUUCUAGAUACAAAUAACAUCAAACACUAUAAGACAGCUCCAUAUUUUCCAGCCUCUAAUGGACAGGCUGAAAGA